AUGAGUGGCAAGUCGGUUGAGAUCGACUACGCGGACACCGAGCGCCGGCUCGUUCUGUCUGGUGCUUAUGUCCUGUUCGUCGCUCCUGCCAAUGUUAUCGACAGUCUCUUCGACGCCGCGACCCUCGCCGGAUCUAUGACUGAUGUCGGCGAAGUCUCCUCGGAGGUGUGUACAAAAUCUGCCGCGCUCUGGAACGAUCUGCGUGCUGUGGGCCUGCACAAGCACGCCCAUCUCCGGCAGAUGCCGCUAUAA